GAAGGGAGCGAGCAGUACAGUCCCGCCUUCAAGACGACAUCACGCCUUAUUGGCAUAUUGACAUAAGCCUACCCUAAAAUUUCGCAUCAUUAUUGUAAUUAGGAAAGCCGACUGCACGGUUCCUGCGCUUUUGAAAUGUAUUCUGCGUUUUGUAAUUUAAUUGUUUUCAGCAUUAAACUUUAAAAUAUCAGUCGAUUACUAUUAGGCGCUCCACUUAGCUGUGCUUAAACUUCUUAAACGAAGCAUAUGUAAGUAUUGUUAUUAAUCAAGGCGAUCUACGAUCUGGGGAUGAUAGUGAUUUUAGGUUAUGAAAAAACGUUAGACUGACGAAAUGUUGACAGAAGGAUUGAUCUAGAAAAGGACCUAUAUAGUUUACCAGAGGACAAUGACCAUGAGCGGCAGUAAUCACACUGUGCCAUCUGCACCGCUGGACCUGACCAACAAAACAAGAGAGCGCGUGAGCUGCAGUCAACGAUCGACGGACGAAAAACAGGUGGAAUCGGCGCACAGGUGCAUCAAUGGACAAGCAAUUAAUCCACGGGACACUUUUAAUGGUUCGACGUCUCCAUCAGACGAUGCGAAAGUCAUGGUACAAACCAGAUCGAUCACACCUCAGAUGAAAUGCGACAAAUCGACGGACACUGCAGGAAAACUGGCAGAUCACUCGUUUUCCAAACUUCCGAUCAGGAAACGUCCUUUUCCUGUUGACCCAUCCAGUGAGAGUGAACCGCAAAACAAACUUAAAGAUGAGAGAUGUGCCCCCGUUUCAAAAGCGCAUAGAAACGAGAGUCAUUCAGACAGGGAUGCUCGGAGGACAGCGAAUGAUCAUGAAAGGAACUCCCCGUUCUUGCAAGCUUUCCCUGCUUGUUUCUUUGCAGGCUGUCCGUAUAACCAGUGGCCUCAUCAACACACAGGUGGUCCAUCGCUUUCAUCUCCUCCUCCAGUGGAGAGCUCAGAGAGGCCGUUGGCAGAUAUUGCUGCAGCAACACAUCAAGAUGAAGAUGGUGACACGCCUCUUCACAUUGCUGUGGUUAAGGAGAACGGUGAAUUGGUCUGGUGGCUUAUUGAAAUAUUUCGACGGGCACACAGAGACCUAGACAUUUUCAAUAACCUACGACAGACACCAUUGCACUUGGCUGUCAUCACCCAUCAGCUCAAUUUGGUGAAAGCUCUGCUGGAUGCAGGUGCUGAUCCUGGAGCUCUGGACCGUCAUGGGCAGACAGCGUUGCAUCUGUGUUGUGAGCAUGGAGAGGCCAACUGCCUCGAUGUCAUUCUCAGACACUACUUGCACAAUCCCUCACCCCACCUGGAGAUCAGGAACUAUGAAGGUCUGACUCCCCUUCACCUUGCCGUACAGAACAGAGAUAAAAAAUUGGCAAAAAUCUUAUUGGACAGAGGAGCUGAGAUCAAUUCUGGGGAUAAUAAGAGUGGCCGCAGUCCACUGAUGCAUGCUGUAGAAAAUGACUGCAUUGACAUGGUCAGCUUACUGAUCGAGAGUAGGUGUGAUGUGAAUGCACAGUCUUACAGUGGGAACACAGCUUUACACAGCGCCUGUGGCAGAGGUCGAAUAGAGAUUGUCAGGCUAUUGCUGAAGAAUGGAGCUGACAGUAGUUUAAAAAACAACCACAAUGACACCGCCAUCAUGGUAGCAAAUAAUAAAAAGGUGUCUGACGUGUUGCGAGGGAAAGGCAGUGUGAAAGCACUAUCGAGCAAUAACGGCUCUCUGUCCCCAGGCAGCUCAAAUCAUUCUCCACAGUUAACUCCCACUCAUAAGAGCAGCACCUCACUUUCCCCUGUGCCUUCAGUUUCACACUUGCCCCGAAGUCAGUCAGUAGAGAACAUUUCAGGACGUCAAUCGCCAGUGAAUGGGAAUGAAAACACACGUAUGCCCAUGUUGCCAAGAUCACUUCGUAAUAUAACGGCAGACAAUGAAGCAACGUAUGGAAUGCAGCUCCAUCCUUUUCUGUGGUUUUCGCCGUCUUUUCCACACAUCCAUAGAAGGACGUUAAUCGCUGGGCCCUGCUAUGAUAUUCACAAUCCACUAUAUUACACCAACGCACACAUCAUCGGUAUCCCAGUCCCUGUCUCUCCAUCACAGGGUACUGUUAACCAAUCACGACCCUCCAGUCACAGCAGUGACCAAUCAGACAUGUCUACUAUGAGCAUAAACAGUGAAGAAAGAGCUGCAAGUUGAUAGUGGCUGAACCUUUUUGUUUGACUUUUUGUGUUUAAAACAGUGACUGAAUUAUUUUGUGUGUGUUUUUGAGCUUAUUUCAGUUCUGUGUGAAUUUUGAUGUCAGUUUGUCUAAAUCAUUUAAUUGUAAAUGUGGCAGAGCCAAUAAUUUAAAUGAUUAUGGUGUUUUUUAAUAUGGUGUUUUUUAUAAUGCAGAUCAGUGGUGAAGUCCUAACAAAAAAUGUGAUGUACUAUACUAUACACCAUUGGUUCUCAGUGGGGGUACCUCCAGGGGUACUGCAGGGGUACUGCAGGGGUACGUGAGAGAAACAGACAUUAAGGAAUAACUAAUGAAAAUCAAUAAAUUAUGAUACUAGUAUUUUUAUAUGAAAUUAGGACUAAACAAAGAUGCAUAAAAUAAAUUAAUACAUUUAGAUAUAAUAACUGUUUGACUCUCAUUUCACUGUAUUUUACAGGAAAAUGUUGUUGUCUGGUCGAGGGGUACUUGAAAAAAUCUUAAAAAGAGGUACUUAAGCUAAAAAAAGUUUGAGAACCACUGCUAUACAACAUUACUCACAACCCCAAAUGGCCUACAACGAUAGAAGUCUGUGUGUUUUUUUCUAGUAACAUGACAUUUAGUACAGCUAAAUAUGCCAUUUAUUAAUAAAUAUAUACAGAAAAUAUAA